AUGUUCGGACAUAAUAAAGAGGAACCCAAAAAACGAAAGAAACGUAUUCCUAAAUUAAUUUUAUUACAAAAUCCUUUUACUUGGAUAAUGAUAAAAAUUGAUUUUGGCAUAUUGAGACGUGUCUGGGACCCUGAAUUCCAAGAAAGAGAGUUCAAAUUCGGCACUCGCCAAGCGAUAUCUCGGGUGACACAACUUAUAAGCGGGGGUAACUUUAAUGAACUGAAUGGCUUGCUUACAAAGGCUGCACGAGUGAGUCUAGUGCGUGAAUUAGAUCGUAAUUGGACAGAAAAACAGCGAUCUUUGAUAGCUCUUAAACGAGACGACAUUCAAAUAUCAUCACCACGGAAAGUCUAUUUUAUAAAAAUUGGAGAUAAAAAGUUCUGCGAUGUAGACAUGGCAUUUUUAGCAUUGAAAUGGGCUACAAUAAAUAGCAUCGAAAUGCUCUUGUUUGCUGAAAUAUUUGCUCGUUUUCAUCGUGAGUACACUCCGCACUCUAUACCGGAAUGGACAAUAGCGUUUUUUAAAGUAACCAGAUUUGAGGUUUUACGGCGCUCGUCCCAAUAAUAAUUUUAAUGUAAACCAAUUAUCACAACUGUGCAAAUAACAUGGCGAUCGAUCUAUAUUUCGUAUUUGAUAUAGUUUCUUAUUAAAUAUUUCAACACUUUGAAAAUAAUAAUGUAAUAAGUCAACACGAAUUUUACAAGAGGAAAUAAAAAUUUACAAAGUUAAAA